AUGAGCGGGGCCUGGAAGGCCUUCGCAGCCGUCGUGCUGAUCCUGCAGGCCACCCUGUGUCUUGCUGAGUUCGAGAUCGACGAGGCAGCGGACCUGACAGGGACCGGUCUGUUCCUACCGCCCGGUGCCCUGGAUCCUGUUCCACCACCGCAGGACAAAGACAAAGGAGUUGCCUCCGCACCCAGGAAGGGCCUCCACUUUCACUUGGAGGGCCCGCGUCUACCCCAGCUCUCGGGGCUGUCGGUAGCCGUGGGAGCCGCGGCCGGCGUUUUGGCGGACGAGGCGAUCCGCCGCGAUGUUUUCCCUAAGCUCGCCACGGCCACGGCCCACCUCCUGGAGUCGAAAGUGACGAAGGCGAAGAAGCUCGUCAGACGUUUGCGGCGGAGCCGUGAACGGCCCAGCAUCGAUGUGGCGCCGGAGCCGAAGAGGCAUUCGAGCGGCCACUUUGCAGGGCUGGUGGCCCUGGGCUUUGCCUCCUUCCUGCUCGCGAAAAAGCGCGCAGGCUUUGCGAAAGGCUCCACGGCCGAUGCCGUAGCUACGCCCAUCGCGAAGCGUCCGAAGUCCAAAGCAGCUCCUCCACCGCCUCCACCGAGGGGCAAAGGCAUUCCCAAGGUGGCGGCCCGCCCCAAGGCGUCCACGGCCGACGAGGCUUUCUUGAGCCCACGCUCGGCAGAGCUUGCCCGCUUCGGCAAGAGGAUUCACUGGGUGAAGCCCAGCUGCGAGGAACCGCAGCAGGACACCAUCUUCGGUGAGCUGAAGAUGGUGCACACACAAAGCGAACAAGAGAGGAAGUUACAGUUUGACAAGAACCUUAUGGAUGCGAUGUUUACGCCACGGAGCGCCCGUGGCGCGGCAACCCCACGGAAGUCGUGGACGGGGCCAAAACCGCAAGGGCUGUGCCUUUUGGACAACAGCCGCGCGCACAACGUUGCCAUUGUGCUCACGAAGCUUGCGAUGAGCACCAAGGAGCUUAGUCGAGCCAUUCGCCUCUUCGACACAGGCUGUAGCUGGCUUCGGACCGACCACGUGGAGUUGCUGACCGUGGCGAUGCCGACCACCUCGGAGGCGACGAAGCUGCUGGCACACAAAGACAAGGAAGAUGCCCUGCGAGACGUGGAGAGGAGGAUGCUGCCGCUGUGCAAUCUCAGCCCGGCAAGGAUAAAGGUCAUGAAGUUUGCUCUCUCCUAUCAGUCGCUUCGUGAAAGUCUCAUGGAGCGGUGUCAGGUCCUCCAGUUGGCAGCGGAAGAGUCCAGGAAUUCGGUCCCCUUCAGAGAGCUCCUGGCCAUCGUCUUGGAGGCUGGCAACUACAUCAAUGGCGGCGAUCAAGCGAACGCCCAGGGUGAGCGCGUGAGGGCCUUCGGCAUCGAGUCGCUGCAGUCUUUGGCGAACUUCAAGGUGGGCUGCAUCUCCUGCAUGCACUUCCUGUGCAUCACCAUGCGCGCCUCCGAUCGGCGGUUCCUGUCUUGCUUGGAAGACAGUCUCAAGCACGUCCGCACGGCCUCGAAGGAGCGCUUCAACCAGCUCCGCUCGGACGUGGAAGCCUUUCUUGGCGAGGUAAACUUUGCGGCGGCCCGACUCCGUGAGUUCAACGCUGCAGCGGAGGAGCCUCAUGCCAAGGCGCAUUGGGAGGGGGGACUGAUCCUGGGGAUGAAGGUUUCGAGGUUUUAA